GAAUCUUGCUUAUUAUUGAUUGAUAGGCCUUCAGUAUAAUUACACAAGAAACCGGAAACAAGACCAAGAAACAAGUAUGAAGGUUAGCAUGACGACGGUUACUAUGGCAAUAACACUACUCCUGAUAAGUACUACAACCACGGGUAUUCCUCUGAAGAGCUCAAGAUCAGAAACAACUUCUGAUGAAAGGUUAUUCGGAACGACGGACAGACAAACGUUACGUGCACACAGCAGAACGCAACCGAACGAACAGAUGACUACCGAACAAGCCAUGAGAAAGAUUUUACUGUACAUUAACAGCGGAAGAAAUUCGAGUGUUUCACAAUCAGCCGAAAAGCAGAGGACGAAUCUACAUCUCUCCGACAGCUUCACGGAAAACGAAAAGACCCAUACGCAUGUACCAACAAGAAUACGCAGAACGUCCCGCUGCAGACGACAGACAGGCGAUGAAUUGAUGGAGUUACUUCAAAGCAUGGGACAAAUCAAUACGAGAUACGCUGACAAAUCACAUCAGGGAUUCACUAGUCUCAUUCCACAUCAUAAAAAUGAGGAACUUGACAGGCUAACUAAGCUGGAGAUCGAAGCGGUGCUUAGAGGCAAUCAGAGCUUGGGGGAAUCCCUGUCACAUCCACACAUACAAGCUAUCCGUGCCAGCCUCGUCACACCGGAAGAAGUCAAUGUCCCCCGGGUCAGAAGAUCCGUCGUAGGGACGACAGUAUCCAAUUACUGUGUGAGGAGUGGUCAGGAGACUAACCAAGGCUUUAUACGCAUGUGCGACUCGUGUGCGGCAACAACCGAACUUUCCGACGACCUUUUUCCGCGGUACAUCAACGAAGUCGUUUGCAGCAGUAACACAGAAUGUCUUUCAGGUGGUGGUCGAUGUAGCGAGCGAACACUCAGCCUGACAGUACUACGACGAACUGGGCACUGCUCAGUAGCUUCAAGCACGUCUCCCUCAGGUCAGGUAAUGUACGUGGAGGAUUGGGAACCUACAGUACAGCAAAUAAGGGUGGCAUGUGAAUGCGACAUUAGCGUACAAUCAGUCUUUGCUCCUUACGUAUGACCAAGACCAAACCUAUUAUGUUUUCCAUUGUAUAAACUAUCAUUUUGCUAUAUUUAUUUGUAUGAAUGCUGAGGUAUUUUCAGCGCAUCAGUUCUGAGAAUGCGGCAGUAUGAGCUAUUCAGAAGUAGAGUUUGAUUUGAUUUCAGCAGUUCAUUCGCCAACAAUCCAAGCCUUCUUUUCGGGGUUGCUGAAUUAUCACCCAACAGGCCUAAAUGGACAUCGGGUUUUUAUUUCCUCCAGUUUUUAUGAAGCAAGCUUUCGGGUUCAAACUUGUAUGCUUUAUCAUGACCAUGCAGCAUUUUUUAUUGUGCUGCGCUGACUUUUUGGGUUAUGUAAUUCGCAUUUACAACCAUCAUGAAAUAAUUCAUAACUUUAUUCACAACUAAUUAUUUGACACUUUCGAAUGUAUUGUAAACUAUUUAUUUAUUAUUUAUUAAGUAUAGUGACUUUAAUCUAAAUGGUGUGUUUCAGUCUUUCAAGAUAUUAAAGCAUACUCAUGGCUGUGGAAUGGUGAAUGACGUUUCAAUUCAUGUAUUCAAUACUUGUCACUACGACGACACAAAGUUGUGUAUAGUCAUUAAUCUCUUUAAACAAUAUUGAAUAUACAUUUGUGGAAAUGCAUUGUGGUUUGAUAACAAAUGUCAAUAAAAUUAAUUUGAGGUCAACCUUAAAUGUUCAACAUGCCUUUAGACGUAUCAGCUCUUUCUAAUCAACCAUUUUGUUGAGGCAGUAACAAAAUC